UUUCUUCUUUCAUCUCUCUCAUUGUCUUCUCACUUCCUCUCUAGUCUCUACUCCACAGUUCAACUCAACCGUCCAACUUCCAAUGGCGGCAUCACGAGCUUUGCCUCUCCUCGCACUCGCUCUAUCUCUCCUCGCCGUCGCUUCCACCGUCUCCGGCCAUAACAUCACUCAAAUCCUCUCCGAUACACCGGACUAUUCAUCAUUCAACAGCUACCUUUCCCAAACGAAACUCGACGACGAAAUCAACAGCCGCACUACCAUCACCGUCCUCGUCCUCAACAAUGCCGCGAUGUCUUCCCUCGCCGGAAAACACCCACUCUCCGUCGUCAAAAACGCUCUCAGCCUCCUCGUCCUCCUCGACUACUACGAUCCUUUGAAACUCCACCAGCUCUCUAAAGGCACAACUCUCACCACCACGCUUUACCAAACCACCGGACACGCUCCCGGAAACCUAGGGUUCGUCAACGUCACCGAUCUCAAAGGAGGCAAAGUAGGAUUCGGCUCCGCCGCUCCUGGUUCCAAGCUCGACUCAUCCUACACCAAGUCCGUUAAACAAAUCCCUUACAACAUCUCCGUCCUCGAAAUCAACGCUCCGAUCAUCGCUCCCGGAAUCUUAACCGCACCUUCUCCUUCUUCCGGCGGACUCAGCAACAUCACCGGACUUCUCGAGAAAGCCGGUUGUAAAACCUUCGCGGGUUUGCUCGUUUCGAGUGGUGUACUCAAAACAUACGUAUCCACCGUUGAAAAAGACUUGACUGUUUUUGCACCGUCCGAUGAAGCUUUUAAAGCGAAAGGUGUACCAGAUCUGACGAAGCUCACGCAAGCUGAGGUGGUCUCGCUCCUAGAGUAUCACGCCCUCGCUGAGUACAAACCUAAAGGUUCAUUAAAGACUAACAAAGACGCUAUCUCCACGUUAGCCACUAACGGCGCCGGUAAAUACGAUUUAACGACGUCAACUUCCGGCGACGAGGUUAUCCUUCACACCGGCGUUGGUCCGUCGAGACUCGCCGACACGGUCGUCGAUGAGACACCUGUCGUGAUAUUCACGGUGGAUAAUGUGCUUCUCCCCACUGAGCUUUUCGGAAAAUCUCCAUCUCCGGCGCCGGCACCGGAACCGGUGAGUGCACCGACACCGUCUCCGGCUAAGUCACCGUCUCCAGUGGAAGCACCUUCUCCGACCGCAGCUUCUCCGCCGGCACCUCCGGUGGAUGAAUCUUCGCCGGAAGAAGCUCCGUCAGACUCGCCGACAAGUUCAGAGGAGAGUAAUGCGAAAAACGCGGCGUUUCACGUGAAGGCUCCUGCUGCGUUGUUGUUCACCGCAUUGGUUGCCGCCACAUCUCUCUUGUUAUAAAAACCCUUUACAAGUUCGCGUAAUUACGGAGAGUGCCACUCUCUUCUUUUUUAGUUUUCGACGUGUUCUCUUAUUUAUUUUUUUGUGAUUCUGUUUGUUAAGACUGGGAUUAGAGUACUAGUUGUAAGGGUUUAAGUUUAAUAUUUUUUAGUAUUUAAUUUAGACUUUGGAUGAUUGUUUUGUCUUUUGUUUUGGUGUUUUAGUUUGUAGUACUGUUGAAACCUGAGAUCUUCUAAUUAACUAGUUUUGGUGUUUUGUUUUUUUU